AUGAGUAAGUCACAAAGUAAAGAACUUUUUAAUAAGAAAAAACAACGUGGUCGAACCAAAAAAAAUAGUAUCGGUGGUGGUGGUCCUGUAAGUACAAGUAAUCCAACUGUAAGCAAUACAGCUGUAACAAAACUAUUUGCACUUCAAACAUCUCAAGGAACGAAUGGUUUAUAUAAUGGUGAAGAUCCAGCUGUUGUUGUUAUUAAUCAUCAACCACCAGUAUUAACUCAAGCAAAAGAAAAACGUACAAAAAUUUGUUGUCUAUUGUAA